AUGUUAUUACUACCUUUUCAUUUUCUAACUCGAAAAUCACGGUACAAACUAAUAUUUUCUCUUAAUCACUUUUGCAGGAGUUGGACUGUCCUCAGUGGCGGUGCUCACAAACGCAAGGUCAACGACAUCCUGGGUCUUUUGUGCAGGGAGCACUUCCCAGGCCUGGUCCACUAUCAAGGACGGUACGAGCCGGCCUGGACGUGGGACCACUACAUCGCCGCCAACAACGAUCAGUUGGAUCGGAGCGGCAGAGCCUUUGAGAACAAGGCGGAGCGGGUAAAGGGCGAGCUCUGGGAUUUUUACAGGUGUGAUGAGGGAUACGAGGAGCGGGCGGCGAUUGUGGCUCACAAUCAAUGCGUUAAACUCGUGAAGGACAUGCAUUAUGAGGCGCAAGUCCAGUGCGUCAUCAACUAUUGUGCACAUUUCCUAAAGCAGAAGAUCAGGAAGUCUGAGGCGAGGGAUUUGAAGCUGACUCGAGAGCAAUAUUUACAGGUUCCUGCGUGGUGGUGUCGUAAUGACACCGUGUGCUGGGAGCGCAUAGUGGACAAGUGGUUCGACCCCGAGUGGCAGGCUUUGCACGACGCUGGCCGGCAGCGGCGAUUGCUGAUGCCAGGUCCAGCGCACCAUCAAGGCAGCCUCAACAACGACGAGUACAGGGCUAGAUGGUCGUCCUCACAUGAAGGCCAGGAGUGCCCCCCGUUCCUGGGAUGGGCUCUAGCCCGCAAGGGCAAGGCGACAUCCAACGUCACCUACAACCUUGACGACCCGCCCUCGGCGUACAACAACUCGUCCAUCCACAAUCGUAUCCAGGCGUACACAGAGAUGGGAAGACAGGUAGGAAACAUGGGCGCUACUACAUUGGCGACGGCCUUUUAG